AUGGGUCUUUCUUACGAGGAACCCGCUGGGAUUUGCAGACGAUUUCGUCUAUUUUUCGACAGCGAGGAGAAUAACCUGAGGCCUAAGUUUGAGUACCUGCUGUACGAAAUGGGGGGAUCGGUGGAGGAGGUGAAGAGGUUUCCGCAAUACUUUGGAUUUUGUUUGAAGAAGAGGAUAGUGCCGAGGCAUUUGCAUCUCAAGCAGAGGAAUAUUAGGCCUUCAUUGAAAUGGAUGUUGAUGCCGGGGGACAAAGUUCUAUGGCAAGUGGAAAUAGAGCUAUUGGAGCAACUGGGACAUUUUACUUCAAUGGUUGGGUUGUAGUGACAUCUUUCGGAACUUCACCGGAGUCGCAUACUUCCAUCAGCCCUUUCAUUGAACGUGAGGCUAACUGGGCCCUUGCUCACACGUGCAGUGUGCGGACCAAUAAAAAUGGUCAAAGCCUAUUUGGCCGUGCAGAUUAUACGUGCCCAGCACAAGGAAAGGGUUGUAAAAAGGCUUGUUGUUCGUGUUUGAUCAUAUUUUACUUGAUAAUUAACUCAUGUUUUACUGGUUUUUAUAAGCUAGAUCACUAAUUAUGAUUUAUUUCA